CAUAUCCAACAAAUAUAACGAAAACUCGAAAAGCAAAGUAAAAAAGUACAAGGACUUACUUGACAUCCACUAAAAGAUGAAAGGGUGGAAGUGAACAAGACAGAGUCAAACUCAAAAGGACUUCCAUUAUUGAUGAAUGAUCUUCUUGAAUAAGCUCAUGCUCAUUUCUCUUCUUCUUCUUCAUCUUCAUCCUCUGAACUGACACAGACAACUCCUUCAUCCUCAUCCCUUUCUUCUGGACCUAUUUUCUUGUCCUUUUCCACGUCACUUUCUUAUCAUUCUCCAUCAUUCCCCACCACCACCACCAUCACCAUCACACCAAUCAUGCUACAGUCUCUUCACCUUCAACACCCUCCAAUUUCCACCACAACUUCCUCAUCAGUCAAAGAUUCCACCAUGAACAUGAACACCAACACCUCAAAACGCCCAAUCCAUGACUCCACCGGCGAGAUAACCGAAUUCUCCGGCGAAAUCAAACGGCGAAACAUCAACGAAAAUGAGCAUGAGGACAAUUCAUUAACAGUUGAAGCGGAAUCUUCUGGUUUAAGACUGUUAGGUUUACUGCUACAAUGCGCCGAGUGCGUAGCCGUUGAGAACCUAAACCGUGCGAACUCAUUGUUACCGGAAAUCUCAGAACUAUCUUCUCCGUUCGGAUCUUCGCUGGAGCGAGUAGCGGCAUACUUCGCUGAAGCGUUACAAGCCAGAAUCAUCAGCUCAUAUCUCGGAACGUACUCACCGCUCAGUAUCAAAACCCUAACCCUAGCUCAAAACCAGAGGAUUCACAACGCACUUCAAUCGUACAAUUCAAUCACUCCGUUCAUCAAAUUCUCACAUUUCACAUCGAAUCAAGCGAUAUUCCAAGCGUUAGAACACGAAGAAACCGUACAUAUUAUAGAUCUGGACAUCAUGCAAGGUCUCCAAUGGCCAGGACUGUUCCACAUCUUAGCUUCUCGUCCACGCAAGCUCAAAUCACUCCGAAUCACCGGAAUCGGAUCCUCUCACUCGCUUCUAGAAGCCACCGGCGUCCGGUUACACGAAUUCGCUAACUCGUUAAACCUUCCGUUCGAAUUCAUUCCUCUCGAAUGCAAAAUCGGUAACAUCAGUUCUGAUUCCACCGAUUUCACCGAGUUUUUGACUCAACUCGGUGUCAGAUCUGACGAAGCCGUCGUUGUUCACUGGCUGCAUCACUGCCUGUAUGACGUCACCGGAAGCGAUUACAAUACCGUACGGUUGUUACGUCUGCUAAAACCUAAACUGAUAACGGUUAUCGAACAAGAUCUGAGCCACGGAGGAAGCUUUUUGAACCGGUUCGUGGAGGCUUUGCAUUACUAUUCCGCUUUGUUCGAUGCGGUAGGUGACGGUGUUGAACCGGAGAAUGUAGAGCGGUUCACGGUGGAGCGGCAGUUGUUUGGGGCGGAGAUUAAGAAUAUUGUGGCGGUUGGUGGACCGAAACGGACUGGUGAGGUGAAGGUGGAGAAAUGGGGGAUGGAGUUGGGUCGGGUCGGGUUUAGGGCGGUUUCGUUGGCGGGUAACCCGGCGGCUCAAGCGAGUUUGUUGUUGGGGAUGUUUCCUCCGUGGAAAGGGUAUACGUUGGUGGAGGAAUCGGGUCGGUUGAAAUUGGGUUGGAAGGAUUUGAGUUUGGUUACUGCUUCUGCUUGGGAACCGUUGGAUUUGGAUUAGGUCAACGGGUGGGUUUCAUGUAGGGUGGAGAUUGGUCAACGGUGGAUAAUAAUAUUAAUAAUGAUGUUGAUGAUGAUGGAAUAAUGAUGAUGAGAUUAAAGAAUUGUAAAAAGAUGUUUUUUUUUUUUUUUUGCUUUUUAAAGUAAUUUUUUUGUCUGUGGAUGAAUAUUCAAUAAAAGGGAAUUUAUGAGAUUUUGAAUC